UGCCAAAUUCAAUCACAGUCCAAAUUGUGCAUUGUUCCGACUAAGUAAACAGCAUACGGUAGAACAUCGUAGAAGCAUCUUAAGAACUUCUUCUCCAGUUGGUGAUCCACCAAACAGCAAACUCAUCAUCAUGAAGGUGUUUGUGGUGUUAAGUGUCCUGGCCGUGGCUGUCUCGGCCCGUCCGGAACCUCCGGCACCGGGUUACGCCUACUCGGCUCCGUCCUUCAGUUCGGCGGGUGACAUCGGUGGUGGCCCGUACGCUUCCAGCCAAUCGCAAGGAGGUGGUUACAACUACCAGCCUGCCACUCAGGUUGUGCAGAAGCAUAUCUACGUCCACGUGCCCCCGCCAGAGAAUGAGGAAUCCUACCCACCAACGGUGAUUCAGUCCGGUACACCCCAGAAGCACUACAAGAUCAUCUUCAUCAAGGCUCCAACUCCACCCAAGCCAAAGACCCCAAUCCUGCCCCCGCCGGUCCAGAACGAGGAAAAGACCCUGGUCUAUGUCCUGCACAAGAAGCCGGAAGAACCCGAUCAAAUCAUCCUGCCAACUCCACCACCAACCAAGCCCAGCAAACCCGAGGUCUACUUCAUCAAGUACAAGACCCAGAAGGAGAAGAAGCCCGAAUAUGGACCCCCGAAGGCGGAAUACGGUGCUCCAACGGGAGGAGCUGGACCUUACUAGGCGACCGUCACAAAGCAUCCCACCCCGUUCUGGCGUUCUGGAACUCGGCGCAAUCGAUUCUGCUGGCAACACUGAUGCUACUUGUACUACCGUAUUACCACAAACUAUGAUGAUGUUCUAUUCUUAUAGGAGCGAAUGUGCGAGCGAAUGGAUCUUAGUCAGUAAGCUUAGAAUACUAAUAAUCAAGCUGCGGACGUUUUGGUUUCAGCAAAACUGUUUCGCAGUCUUCGCGCUUUUUACGUUGUAUAUAGGACCUUAUUGCAAAUUCUAUGCAAGUAUCUGUUCUUAGCGAGCCAUAGUCGAUUCUUUAUGUUAUUUAUUACGUUAUUAAUUGAUGCAUAACUAGAAGAAGUAUUAAAAAAAAUCUAACGGUGACAAAUUUUAUUAGAAA